UGUCUUUUUUUGGGGUCUGGUUUUUGUUUCUGGUUCCAAAUCAGAUGGAUCGCAUUCCAGCAGAAGAAAAUGCCAUUGAACAAGGCGGGACGGAGCUGGACGACAAGAGUUCUACCUCAACAAUGUCUAAUGUAUCUCAUCACGAUACGACGACGACAACGAAAUCAGAUCAGACAGCAAAAACAAGUGCAAUGACAAGCAACGAGGCAAUGUCAGGUUCCAAGGCCAGCAAUGCUGCCAAGAGCAGCAUAUCGACGAUAUCUCAAGGAUGGACGAGCGGGAGCAGCAACCGCAGCGACAGCAUGGAUAGCACCUGCGCGCCACUCAAACCACACACCGGCGGAGAUGUCAGAUGGGAUGCAAUCACUUCUGUUUCUUCCAAAGACUCGCCUCUCGGCUUCAACAAUUUCAGGAUCUUGAAGCGCCUCGGGCGUGGCGACAUCGGGAGUGUCUUCCUUGUUGAGCUCAAGGGGACGCACGCCUUCUUUGCCAUGAAAGUAAUGGACAAGGCCUCUCUUGCAAGCAGAAACAAGCUACUUAGAGCUCAAACCGAGAGAGAAAUUCUUGGCCUUCUCGAUCACCCCUUCUUACCUACAUUGUACACUUAUUUCGACACCGAUAAGUACUACUGCUUGGUCAUGGAGUUCUGCAGUGGAGGUAACCUCCACACCCUCCGGCAGAAACAGCCCAGCAAAUAUUUUACAGAGGAAGCUGCAAGGUUCUAUGCAUCCGAGGUGUUGCUGGCCAUCGAAUACCUACACAUGCUCGGAAUAGUUUACAGGGAUCUAAAGCCUGAGAAUGUUCUAGUGAGAGAAGAGGGGCACAUCAUGCUAUCCGACUUCGAUCUCUCGCUCCGCUGCUCUGUUAAUCCGACGCUGGUGAAGUCUUCAUCUGUCCACACUGGAAACCCCGACUCUGGCUACGGCGGGAUCUUAGACGAAGAGAAUGCAGUCCGGAGCUGCUACCAGCCGUCGUCAUUCUUCCCACGGCUGCUCCCGAAGAAGAACCGCAAGUCGAAAUCCGACUUCGGAUUGGGAAACAAUGCCAACUCCCUCCCGGAACUGAUGGCGGAGCCGACAAAUGUUCGAUCAAUGUCGUUUGUGGGGACACACGAGUAUUUAGCGCCGGAGAUCAUCCGCGGAGAGGGGCACGGCAGCGCAGUCGAUUGGUGGACGUUGGGGAUCUUCUUGUAUGAGCUUCUACAUGGAAUAACUCCUUUUAAAGGGUCGGGAAACAGAGCCACACUGUUCAAUGUAGUGGGGCAGCCAUUGAAGUUCCCUGAUAAUCCGCAGGUGAGCUCGACGGCGAGGGAUCUUAUAAAGGGGCUGCUGGUGAAGGAGCCACACAAGAGGAUUGCAUACACCAGAGGUGCUACUGAAAUAAAGCAGCAUCCUUUCUUUGAGGGGGUGAAUUGGGCACUUGUGAGAAGUGCCACACCUCCAUAUGUUCCACAGCCAUUUGACUUCAAGCAGUAUAUGAGUAAAGAUUCGGACAAGAAGUUGCCAGAAAUGGGGCAGGAUAACCAUAAGACCAGCAGCUCUAAUGACUCUUCUUACGUUGUGUUCGAGUAUUUCUAGGCUAGACUAGACUAGACUAGACUUGUCUUUUCUUUAUUGGGUUGGGUUGGGUGGGAUGUACAGUAGAGACGACAUUCUUGCUCCUCUUAACUGUAAUUUUGUACAAAGACAGUAGGUAUAGUAGGCGAUUUGGGGCUUUGUUUUCAUCAUCUAAACUAAUUUUAUGUUAUGUAUAGAUAUUGCUCAGCUAUAUACCCAAAGAUUCUAGAUGCUUUGUUCUGUACAGCGUAGCAGACAUUAUUAUACACGUGGAAGGGCAGUAGACCUAUGUGUGAUUGUGCACAUACAUGCAAAUAUGUAUGUACAUAUAAUAUAUAUAUAUAUCUAAAUCAAGAUAUAUAUGAAUCGAAUAGAAGCAGUGGAUAUAGUUGGGAUAGCAAGGAAGAAAUGUCAGGAGCUCAAGGAGCGCAGCCGCCGGAGUCGUUCACGGCCACCACAUACAAGUCGGUAGCCGCCGCCACCGGCGAAAAAAAGACACGGAUGGAUAUUCAC